AAGCGCGUGUCUCCUCCCCGGACCUGGCAACCCCACUUCCGGUCCCGCCCACACGACGCAGACUCAAACCCGAUGGCGGACGAAGCGGAGCAGCAACCGUCUACCAACACGGUCGAGGAGCCGCUCGAUCUCAUCAGACUGAGUCUGGACGAGAGGAUCUACGUCAAGAUGAGGAACGACCGGGAGCUUCGCGGCCGACUGCAUGCUUACGACCAGCACCUGAACAUGAUCCUCGGCGACGUGGAGGAGACGGUGACGACGGUGGAGAUCGACGAGGAGACGUACGAAGAGCUGUACAAGUCAACCAAGAGGAACAUCCCCAUGCUGUUCGUGCGAGGAGACGGCGUCGUCCUCGUAGCUCCGCCCCUCAGGGUGGGCUGAUGACCCCACGACCUCUUCCUGGUGGGAGGGAACAGACUUCACAACUCGUCCUCUUUUUGUGGGGAUGCGAGGAAAUAAAACAUGACUUGACUCGAGGGAAAGAAAGAAAGAGGACUUUUUAGUUUUGGACAAAGAGCCCCCCCCCCCCCCCCCAUAUUUUUAUUUGGGGCAAAAAAUAUUGUUUUAUUUCUCAGGAUGUUUUUCUCCGUAGAGAAGUAAAUAAUUCCCCACCGUAAGUUGUUGAAUAUGAUUUUGAAUGACCUCUUUCCCAAAGUACCAGACUGUGUGUGUGUGUGUGUGUGUGUGUGUGUGUGUGGGGUGGGGGGGCUUAUGUUGUAUUUUUUUUAUUCUCAAGUGAAUCUUUUUUAUUUAGGUUGUAAGCAGAAGUCUUUCAGUUACUCCGAACACACGAUCUGUAACAACAUGGGAAGUUUGAGUGUCUUUUCUUUUAUAUUUACAUGUUUUGUGGGACUGUUUAGUUUCUGUAACUUGAAUAAAAAAAGUAAUUUGAAAAAAAAA